GCCCUGCAACCUGUUAUGCUGUAGUUUCAGCUGAUUAGGCCUGAUUCAAGUAUCAGUCUCUGUUAGACCUUUGAGACAACAGAUAACGUUCAGACUUUUGCAUAUGGUUCGCAGAAUACAUUUGAAUUUUAUUUACGUAAAUUUGAUACUUGUCUUCAUUGAGAGAAAUGUUCACGUUAAAAAGUUUACUUUAGUCAGCAAAUCAACAAUUGGUUUUCUAAUGAAAGAAGCAGUUGCUGACUUAACUUUCUUUAUUUUCAGAAGCCAUUCAUGCAAUUUUAGUUUACAGUCAAAGUGUAGAAGAACUCUUGAAACGAAGAAAAGUCUAUCGAGAAAUAAUUUUUAAGUACCUGGCAACAGAAGGAGUCAUUAUGUCACCUUCUUCUGAAAAACACCAGCUCAUUCAUCGUGCAAAGCAAUAUUGGAAUGGGCAGCUGACCGAAUGUGUUGCAGAGACAGGGGAUAGUAAACCAAAUCAACAGAGCUCUGAGCAAAGACAAAAGCAACAGGAAGAGGGUGAUUGGCACAGCCUAGGAAGAGAAUUUUGUCUGUGGUUCUUUGAACUUCUGAACUCUCAGCAUCCUUUGGGAAGACAAUCUGAUGAACAAUGGGGACCACAGCAUUUCUGGGAGGAUGUCAAACUGAAAUUUUGUUACAAUACGUUGGAAAAAAACAUGGAAGAAUAUGUUGGUGCAGAAUUGGUGAGCCUCCGUUUACUCUCAUUGGUGAAAGAAGAGUGUCUCUUAUUGAACCCCAACUUGGGUGCUGGUGGACUAAAGUGUGUAAUUUCUCCACAUGGGUUAGUAGUGGUGGCAGUAGCUGGCACAGUACACAGAGGCAACAUUUGCUUGGGCAUCUUUGAACAAAUCUUUGGACUCAUCCGCUGUCCAGUUAGAGAGAAUACCUGGAAAAUAAAAUUAGUGAAUCUUAAAAUAGUUGGAGAAAAUGCUCUGGAGCCUGGGACACAAGUGCAAAAGCCUUCCAUAAAAUAUGAGUCGAAUGAACUGAGAGAGCUAUAUGAUGGGAAAGAACUGAGCUUAAUUGAACCUCAAAUUCUGAGCAAUGUGUUUACAGAAUUGGGGGAAUAACAGCUGUUUGAAAACCAAUACAGCACUUCUAGUGCAUACUUGAAUAACUUCAGACUUGUGGUGAUGUUUAUUUCUUGAGUCAAGUUUGCUAAAUUGACCGCGAGCCAAAAUACUGAGUGAAAUUCACUUAAAGACCGACUGCUUUUGGGUAUCCGUCUUCCAUACUAACACUGAAUGUAUGGAGUGAACUUUCUUGCCUCUUUGUCAUUAAAUUGAUUUCUUCACUAAAAAAUAGAGAACGUAAUAAAAGAGGUGCGGCUGCCAGUGUUCUGAAUUAAUAGUUAAUUUUCCAGUGCUGUCACUUACUUUUCAUUUUCAAGUAGCAUUUCCCUCACCUCUGCAGUGUAAAACUACAACACCCACUUCCCAAAAUUAGAUGGUUGCCAUUGCUUCCAUUUCUUGCACCGACUCUCCGGAACGAGGGUGGGAUGUGUGUGUAUCAAGGAAUUUAGUCAAUCAGUAUAAACAUCACAUUAAGCAAAUGCUUUGAUAGGUAAUAGUGUACAAUUUACAGGAGUGUUUAAUGUAAUAGUUUACAUGUGGUAAUUCCUGUCCUCUCAAAAUCAAGAAUUGUAUCCAGUUAGUGCAGAAGUGUUAAACUGGAUAUGUCAGGUUUUUUCCAGAUAAGCUCUCUUCCACUCCCACAAGCCAUUCAGCGGUUAAAGGGAAUGUGGGUAACUUUAAUAACUAUGCUUCUCUGUUAAUGUGUUCAAAAGUAACACAAAAGACCACAUAAAAUCUUCUCUGUUUACUUGCCUUCAGUAUUUGAUAGUUGUUUAUCUACUCAGUUUUCAUUAUUUUUCUAAUUUCCUAUUUGGUUGGUCUUUCAAACAACAUGGGACAGAAACUCGCACUUUAAAGAAAUGCUUAAAUGUGAUUAAAACUAAAAAUUAGCAGGGAGACAUGAGAUAGAUAUGGUGCCCAAAAAGAACUCUCAAGCUCACUUUUGUGAGCUAACUAAUUUCUAGUUUUCCUUUCACCGUUUGUUUAAAAAGAAUGUGAUUAUAUGAGUAAAGGACAGUGUUUGAAAUGUUUCCUAGUAAACUGUUGAGAUACUGAUGACUUUCUAAGCAAGCUACUUUUCCUUAAAUUCCUGUAAAAUGGUUUCCUUUCCUUUUGUGUGUUAUCUGCUAGUUUGAAGUAUGUGGGUGACAUGCAUAUCUAUCAAAGGUAGGGGAAGACUCUACAUGAUUAUGAUUUUGGCUUUUGGAGUGAAAAGAAGGAAAUAACCAUGAAAACCAAAGACUCAACAGUGCCUUUUUCAACUUAUGUAGAACCGCUACCUCUCUGAAUAUUAACUAAAGCAAGCUUCUUGUGCCGUAUACUUCUAUAGGAAAUAUGUGUUCACCUUCGCUUCUUGGUAAAAUACAUUGAAUUUCUAAAUAUGUAUUAAUGAAUAUGAAUAUGACUUUAUUAACAUUACAUUCAAAAUGCAACGGGUUCUCCUUGAUAAAUUAAAAUUAUGCCAAAAUGUAUGCUUUAUCAACUGACUUUACUCACAUUUACAGACAAUGCACAAAUUACUUCAGAUGAGAGGGAUACGGCACUAUGGGCUGUCUUUAUUUGUUUCAUGUUUAAUAAUUAAAUUUGUUGAAAUGCCC